UCGCUAAACUUAGUCACAAAUUUAGUUAUGAAUCUCCUCAGAACGUCAUAUUUUACAAUUUUACUUAAUUUUGCCGUUCAGUUUCCCAAUUUAGAGAGCACUAUCGUCAAGAACAAGAAGUUUAACAGACCUUGUUUUGAUGAGGAUCAAGACCUUACCCAAUGUUCUGCUUUCAACGAAUUGUGUGAGAAAGAUGGGAUAAAUGGUUUCAAACUUGUUCGUCUACAGGGUAAACGGACAGGUCACGUAAGAUGGUUAGAGUUAGAAGAAGCGAGAAGUUACAAGUUAAUCACCAGAGCCAUGAAGCCAUUAUUAUUUGAGAUUCCUCAUUUUCUAACCGAUGAUGAGUGCGAUCACGUGAUCUCGCUCGCACAGGAGGCAGGACUCAGCACCAGUCAGGUUGCUCUUAAAUUUGACGAGAAAGACUUAAACGAGGUCUUGAAACAAGUUGACAGAAAUGCAACCCUUGAUAGAGAGAAUUAUUUUGCACGAGACGUGAACGUCUGGGAUACAAACAACGAUAACGUUGUUGAUACAGAGGAGUUCAGGACUUUUGCAAAGGUGUAUAAAUCACUUCACUUUAAACACGAAGAAAUAGUUCAAAUGUUAAGAAGUUGCGGGCUGGCACUCGAUAAUAAUACCGAAGGCAAAAUAACCACCAAUUACUUAAGUGAGGGAAACAUAAAGAAAGUUAUUUCCUAUAUGAGUUUUCUGAGGUCCACAAGUCCCCGACAUAAAUUCCGGUACAGCGAACAGGCUUGGCUACGUCAAGACAAAACUGCUGACCAUAUUUUACGACGGCUUCAUGAAAGAAUUUCUAGGUUAACGAAGCUCCCAAGAAAACUGCUUCAAGGUAGUGAAUCAAUGCAGGUCGUUCGCUACCAAGCAUCAGGUCACUAUCAUGCGCACUUUGACUCUGGCAUGGAUCCCAGCGUCCCUUGCUGCCAUCAAAAUGUGGAUCUAAAACCGCCCCAGUGCAGACUUUGCAGAUUCGCUACUAUUUUGUAUUACCUCAACGACGUAGAGCAAGGAGGAGAAACAGCAUUUCCACUGGCAGAUAAUUCCACUAUAACUUUUAAGGAACUCCCGAAUCCCGAAUCAGACGAAUUUAACCUAAGCAUCAGCUGUCACACGGCCAAUUUUGUUAUCCCUCCCAGGAAAGGUACUGCUUUAAUGUGGUACAACAAUUUUAUUGACCCGGACAGUGGACUUCUUGGAGACUUGGACGUAAAUUCGAUUCACGGUGGUUGUGACGUCAUUGAAGGAGAAAAGUGGAUUGCUAAUAACUGGCUGACAGCACCCACAAAAGACUCGAGACAUUCUAAGAGUGCUUAUGACGUUGGGUUUGACUGAUAAAGCAAAACCUUUCCUAAUGAGAUUGAAUCAAAGGUAGUUGGAAAAGAAUUGACAUAUGUCUGUGGGAGAUCCCUCCAUUAACUCCAGAGGUUGAGUGUGAUCCAGCAGUCGGCAGAAGAAAUGAUUAGUCACAUAUACGCUUUCCUGGUUUCCAGAAAAGAAUCGUGUCGUAUUAGGUGCUGUUGCCACCUAACCAAAAAUAAGAGAGUGUUUUUUUUACUUUUACGAAACUCUUCGCAUGAUGAGACACAGGUACGCUCUGACAGCUGUUUGAUGACGCAAAAAGUGACUCGCGCCACGUUCGAAAGUAAAAUUUAUGAAGGUUUGAACGGUGAAACGACGGAACAAAAGUAAUAAAUAUCUUGCUGACAAAAUUAACCUACCUCUAUAACUCAUUGUCUCGUUUAUGGAUAUCUAUCAUCUAACACAGAUCCAAACUUGUUAUGCCAAGCUAUGAUUUUGGUAUGGCGAAG